UCGCGAUACUUUGCGAUAGGUUAGAGUGCGCCGCUCCACGUGCGCGUUCAUGGCUAAGAGGAAGGCGACACAAAAUAGUCUUUUAAGCAAAAAAAAAAAAAGAGAUAAAAGCUUAAAAAUGAGCUUCUGAUCCGUAUUAAAGCGUUAAAGACAAAAGUGAGAUGCUAAAAUCCUGUCAGCUUGGCGGUGUUGUAAUCAGUGAGCGUUUAAAAGCAGCUGUUCGACUCGAAGUCUGGUGUAGGAUUAAACAGUUCAGGAAGAUGUCUGAAACCCUUCAGAAUCACAGCAUCAAGCUGAAAAGAGCUCCAGAAAACAGUGAGGUGGAAAACGAGGCUAAGAAGCUAAAAACAGACGAGGAGAAAAGGUUCCCGAAGAGAAAAGUUGUCCUGCUUGUGGCCUAUUCGGGCAAAGGAUACUACGGGAUGCAGAGGAAUCCUGGAAAUUCUCAGUUUAAAACUAUUGAAGAUGACCUGGUCACAGCUCUCAUCAAAGCUGGGUGUAUUCCUGAAAAUCACGGAGAUGAUAUGAAGAAGAUGUCUUUCCAGAGAUGUGCCAGGACUGACAAGGGUGUUUCUGCAGCCGGCCAGGUCGUAUCUCUAAAGCUCUGGCUGAUCGAGAACAUUCUGGAAAAGAUCAACACUCACCUUCCGCCACAGAUUAGAGUUUUACGUUUAAAGAGAGUCACAGGUGGAUUUAACUCCAAAAACAACUGUGAUGCCAGGACCUACUCCUACAUGCUUCCCACUAUCGCGUUCUCUCCAAAAGACUCUGACCAAGAGGACACGUCAUUCCGGUUGGACCCCGAGACACUUCAGAAGGUUAACAAGCUCUUUGCUCUCUACAAAGGCACCCACAAUUUUCACAACUUCACGUCACAGAAGGGUCCCCGGGACCCGAGUGCUAAGCGCUACAUCACGCAAAUGUCCUGUGGAGAACCGUUUGUCAGGCAGAAGGCAGAGUUUGCCGUGAUCACAGUGCGAGGCCAGAGCUUCAUGAUGCACCAGAUCCGGAAGAUGAUCGGAUUGGUGAUCGCUGUAGUGAAGGGAUACGCACAAGAGGAGAUCAUCGAAAGGAGCUGGGGUGAAGAGAAGGUCGAUGUGCCUAAGGCUCCUGGGCUCGGCCUCGUGUUGGAGCGCGUGCACUUUGAUCGGUACAACAAGCGCUUCGGAGGAGACGGUCUUCACGAGACCUUGGAGUGGGAGCAUGAAGAGGACAUUAUAGCUGCCUUCAAGGAAGAGCACAUUUACCCGAGUAUAGUGGAGACAGAGUGUCAGGAGAAGUCGAUGAUCAGCUGGAUGAGUACGCUGCCCAUUCACGACUUUACUGCCACAGCAACCGGCAAGCAAGAUAACAAGGAUGAAGAGGAUGCUGGAAAUGCGUCAGACUGAGACAUUUGAAAACCUUUGCGCUUUGUUUUCCUUUUUUUUUUUUUUUUUUUUUUUUUUUACUUUUCAAUAUUUUUU